UAGUUCCCGCAAGAACCGUAGGGAUUACAGCUGGGAGCGUCGGCCCGUGACGGAAAUAGAUUGUUCUGGUAACUUAUUAACUCUUUUUUGCCAUCCUUGCUUUGUGCCGGCUGUCAUGUGAGCCUUCGGCUCACCCUGCUAGCACUGCAGAAUCCUCAGCACGCGCUUGUCCUCGCAACUGCGACUAGAAGAUCGGACAGACGGCGCUCACAGGCUCGGUCACAUGCAUUUAAUUAACAUCCGGGGAGAUUCCUGUUUAUGGGCAGCAUGGAGGAACCCGUGGAGGAGUACGAGUCUCCGUUUAACUUCGAGCAGGGAGUAAACACCAGCUACCUCUACCUGUCACCCAAAGAAAAUUUCUCUCCACCCGGUUCACCCGUAACAUCGGUCAAAGGUACUAAGAGGCAAGAUUUUAUCCCAGAAGUGGGUGAAGAUGCGGUGAACACUGUGGAACCGACAGCAUCCAGCACAGCCCUGAGUGAAGAAGAGCAGGCUGAACUACGCAAUGAACUCGCUAAGGUGGAAGAUGAGAUCCAGACUCUUUCUCAGGUGUUGGAGGCCAAAGAGAAGCAGGUGGCAGAGCUCAAGCGGAAGCUGGGCAUCAAUCCACUCAAUGAGCUCAAACAGAAUCUGAGCAAGAGCUGGCAUGAAGUCACCACCUCCACUGCGUAUAAGAAGACUUCAGAAACCCUGUCUCAAGUGGGUCAAAAGGCGACGACAGCGUUUUCCAGCGUAGGCUCAGCCAUCACCAGAAAGCUGGAGGACGUUAGAUUACAGUCAUUUUCUAACUCAUUUGGUAUUCGCUCCAUACAGCAUUCUGCUAGCAUGCCGAUGAUGAGGAACAUGCCCACUUUUAAGUCAUUCGAGGAGAAAGUGGAAACUUUAAAGACCAAGAUAAGCCCCACACCUUCAACAGGAGACAUUGAAGAGGUUUCAAACUCAACCCUUGAAGAAGAGCCGGUGGUAAAACAACCAGAGGCAACAAUAAGCCCAGAUCAGCAACUUCACUAAAGACCCCCACAUCUGACACUCCUCAACCCGCCCAUCUAAACUCCCAAUCUCUCUCUCUUUAUCUCCUGUUCACCACCACUCCACAGCUACACAACUGUGAUAACCAGAAGACGAUUUAUUAUAUUUACAGUAAAUGUAGAACAUGAGAUUGAUGUCUCGUGCAUUCUGCAAGUGCAUGUGGAUUUAAAUAUUUCAAAGCUGCUCUUCGACACACCACACGUUUGUGUGGCGAUCAUAAGCAUUAGUACAGCCGGUUUAUUUGUUUAUCUGCUGGCGUCUUCAGACUGAACACGGUAGUCGUGCACUGGAACAGAUCUGUGUGUGUGUUUGUGGGCUCCCUUAUGCACUAUAGGAGCAAUACAUCACUCUGACCUCUGACCCUUAACCUUGUGUGUCAGUGCUGUUCUCACAGUUUACAUGAGAGACUCAGUCCUUUAAAGAGGAGGCUGUGCAUAUCAUGAAAUUAGAUUAUUGAAAAUAAUUUUCACCGAUAAAAAAUAACAUUUGCAAGUAGCUCUACUAAAAAUAACCAAAAUUCUAUUAGCACUUUUUUAUAAUAAAUUAACAUUGUGUUUGUUCUCCUUAAUAAUGCCAAAAACACACAGGAUCAUGACUUCUGUCUAACCAGUUUUCCGUAUUAAGUCUGUGUUAUUAAUGUUCAUAACUAUAACACCAAAUAUGAUCAAAGGAUGUUGUGUCAUUGUGGGUUUGUGUUCAUGAUAGACAACUUGUGUUAUUAAUGUCGCACAUCACUGAGAUCUCAGUGGCUCGUGUUGCUGAAACUGAAAAGCGUUCAUUUAAAUUUGAUGGUGUGAUACGACGUACUAGAAUGUAAGAGAGAUGGAUGUCAGUAAGAAAGUUAAUCUUAGACUAAAGCACAUUUAUAAUCACACCUGCUGUUAUUGUCUUUUUGUGUGUUUAUUAGCUUUAGGUUCCAGCACUACAUCAUCGUUCCAGGUCGAAAUAAUACAAGUGUUUGAGUGUUUUAAAUGUGCUUUCGGGAGAAGCCUUUAUUUUUUAUUUUCUUUUAAAUUGAUGCAUAUCGCAAAAGUUUAAUGCUUGCUGCUAUACAUAUCCUAAUAAAUGUUUAUAUAGAUUAGAAAUAUGACUCUUCCUAGUAUUGAUUUCUACUAAUAUGGAAGAUGUUAAGCAUCAACAAUAAUCCAGUUAUAUAUACAUGUGUGGGACCAAGAAUGUUUUAUUUGUAUCGUCCUCAUGUGUCAUAGAUGUUGUAGCUCAGGUUUUGUAUGUUUUCUGUAUAUUCCUCAUCAUCAUCAUCAUCACUUGAGUAUCUGAAUGCAUUAGACUGAAUGUCUUUAAUGGGCUUUUCUCUUGGGUAGCUGUUGUUUCUGUUAUUACUGCAUACUGAAAGACAAAUAUUUGGUUUCUUUGAAUGUCAAAUGUCUAAUAAAGCACACAACACAUUCUCUUUA